AAAAAACUGUCAGUUUGAAUGAAAUGUCGAAGGUGGAAGGUCGCCUCUCGGUCCGUUUAAUUUUAACGGUUUGUUGACAAAUUAUACGCAAAGAAAGCAACUUUUCUAUGAACAUUAUUAUUAACUUUUUGAGUGGAUUAUAAAGUGUUUUGUGACCAUGGCGAGUCAACCCGAAGUCGGCGUGUCCGACUUCGUGCUCUUGGACAAUUUGACUGCUGACAAGUUUAUUGAGAAUUUGCAUUUGAGAUUCCAACAUAACAAGAUUUACACAUACAUCGGCGAGGUCCUCGUGUCAGUCAACCCAUACAAGACCUUAGACAUCUACAAUGCCCAGCACAUGGCUCAAUACAGAGGCAGAGAGAUGUUCGAGGUGCCCCCUCAUGUGUACGCCGUCGCGGACGCGUGUCAGCGCGUGCUUAGACAACAGGGCAAAGACACAUGCGUACUCAUAUCCGGCGAGUCGGGAGCGGGCAAAACAGAGGCAUCGAAGUUUAUCAUGAAGUAUAUCGCUGCCAACACCACACAGGUCCACAGGGAUUAUAUAGACAGAGUAAAGAAUGUCCUCAUCCAGUCCAACUCCAUCCUGGAGACAUUUGGCAACGCGAAGACCAAUCGCAACGACAACUCGUCCCGGUUCGGAAAAUACAUGGACAUCCACUUCGACUACAAGGGUGACCCGGUCGGCGGCCACAUCAGCAACUACUUGUUAGAGAAAAGCAGAGUUGUGAGCCUGCAGCAGGGCGAGAGGAACUUCCACGCCUUCUAUCAGUUACUGAGCACAAACAACCCGCACUCGAAGAAGUUCGGUCUAACGACGAACGCGCAAUACAAGAUCUUGGGCACCGAGCGAGCAACAUCACAAGAUUCUAAGCUAUUUUCCCUAACGAAUAGCGCCUUCAAUGCCUUGGGCUUCGUGCAGUCUGUGCUUGACGACAUUUGGAGCAUCGUCGCUGGAGUUAUCUUGCUGGGCGAGCUAACAUUUACCGAAACGCAAGACGGCCAGUUAAAUAUUGGGGGCCCAGUCAAACAGUGCGUGGCCGCUCUAGGGGUCACAGAAGAAGGCCUCCGUGGGGCCAUGGUGGGCCGCGUGUUAUCUGCCGGCGGCGACCUUGUGUCCAAGGAGCAUUCACUCAGCGACGCCAAUUAUACGAGAUUGGCGCUCGCUAAGGCGGCUUAUGAUCGUCUUUUCACAUGGAUUGUCCAGCAGAUAAACCGUGCGAUCGAGGUCCCAGCCGGCACAUACAAGAACACCCUGAUCGGGGUACUCGACAUCUACGGCUUCGAGAUCUUCGACACCAACAGUUUCGAGCAGUUCUGCAUUAAUUACUGCAAUGAGAAGCUGCAACAACUCUUCAUUGAACUGGUGCUAAAACAGGAGCAGGAAGAAUACGCCCGCGAGGGCAUCCAAUGGACUCCGGUCCAGUACUUCAACAACAGAGUCAUCUGUGAGCUGGUGGACGCGCCGCACCAGGGCAUCAUCUCCGUCAUGGAUGAGGCGUGCCUUAACCCGACUAAGAUAUCCGACAGCCAGCUCCUGGAAGCGCUGGACAAGCGGCUGGGCGCGCACCGCCACUACACGUCGCGCCAGCUCGCGCCCGCCGACAAGAAGCUCCAGCACGGUGUCCACUUCAGGAUCACACAUUACGCCGGUGACGUGACGUACGCCAUCACAGGUUUCAUGGACAAGAACAAGGACUCCCUGUGGCAAGACCUCAAGCGGCUGCUACAUUCUUCUUCGAAUGCGUCGCUGGCCGACAUGUGGCCUGAAGGCGGCGCGCACAUACAGAAGACUUCAAAGCGGCCUCCGUCGGCGGCGACGCUGUUCCGCAACUCCAUGGCGGCGCUGGUGGCCGGCCUGCAGAGCAAGGAGCCGUUCUACGUGCGCUGCGUCAAGCCCAACCCCGUGCAGUCGCCCAACGCCUGGGACGACCAGCUGGUACGUAGUAACAGGUCUACCGAGCCUCUCAUCAACUCCAUGGCGGCGCUGGUGGCCGGCCUGCAGAGCAAGGAGCCGUUCUACGUGCGCUGCGUCAAGCCCAACCCCGUGCAGUCGCCCAACGCCUGGGACGACCAGCUGGUACGUAGUAACAGGUCUACCGAGCCUCUCAUCAACUCCAUGGCGGCGCUGGUGGCCGGCCUGCAGAGCAAGGAGCCGUUCUACGUGCGCUGCGUCAAGCCCAACCCCGUGCAGUCGCCCAACGCCUGGGACGACCAGCUGGUACGUAGUAACAGGUCUACCGAGCCUCUCAUCAACUCCAUGGCGGCGCUGGUGGCCGGCCUGCAGAGCAAGGAGCCGUUCUACGUGCGCUGCGUCAAGCCCAACCCCGUGCAGUCGCCCAACGCCUGGGACGACCAGCUGGUACGUAGUAACAGGUCUACCGAGCCUCUCAUCAACUCCAUGGCGGCGCUGGUGGCCGGCCUGCAGAGCAAGGAGCCGUUCUACGUGCGCUGCGUCAAGCCCAACCCCGUGCAGUCGCCCAACGCCUGGGACGACCAGCUGGUACGUAGUAACAGGUCUACCGAGCCUCUCAUCAACUCCAUGGCGGCGCUGGUGGCCGGCCUGCAGAGCAAGGAGCCGUUCUACGUGCGCUGCGUCAAGCCCAACCCCGUGCAGUCGCCCAACGCCUGGGACGACCAGCUGGUACGUAGUAACAGGUCUACCGAGCCUCUCAUCAACUCCAUGGCGGCGCUGGUGGCCGGCCUGCAGAGCAAGGAGCCGUUCUACGUGCGCUGCGUCAAGCCCAACCCCGUGCAGUCGCCCAACGCCUGGGACGACCAGCUGGUACGUAGUAACAGGUCUACCGAGCCUCUCAUCAACUCCAUGGCGGCGCUGGUGGCCGGCCUGCAGAGCAAGGAGCCGUUCUACGUGCGCUGCGUCAAGCCCAACCCCGUGCAGUCGCCCAACGCCUGGGACGACCAGCUGGUACGUAGUAACAGGUCUACCGAGCCUCUCAUCAACUCCAUGGCGGCGCUGGUGGCCGGCCUGCAGAGCAAGGAGCCGUUCUACGUGCGCUGCGUCAAGCCCAACCCCGUGCAGUCGCCCAACGCCUGGGACGACCAGCUGGUACGUAGUAACAGGUCUACCGAGCCUCUCAUCAACUCCAUGGCGGCGCUGGUGGCCGGCCUGCAGAGCAAGGAGCCGUUCUACGUGCGCUGCGUCAAGCCCAACCCCGUGCAGUCGCCCAACGCCUGGGACGACCAGCUGGUACGUAGUAACAGGUCUACCGAGCCUCUCAUCAACUCCAUGGCGGCGCUGGUGGCCGGCCUGCAGAGCAAGGAGCCGUUCUACGUGCGCUGCGUCAAGCCCAACCCCGUGCAGUCGCCCAACGCCUGGGACGACCAGCUGGUACGUAGUAACAGGUCUACCGAGCCUCUCAUCAACUCCAUGGCGGCGCUGGUGGCCGGCCUGCAGAGCAAGGAGCCGUUCUACGUGCGCUGCGUCAAGCCCAACCCCGUGCAGUCGCCCAACGCCUGGGACGACCAGCUGGUACGUAGUAACAGGUCUACCGAGCCUCUCAUCAACUCCAUGGCGGCGCUGGUGGCCGGCCUGCAGAGCAAGGAGCCGUUCUACGUGCGCUGCGUCAAGCCCAACCCCGUGCAGUCGCCCAACGCCUGGGACGACCAGCUGGUACGUAGUAACAGGUCUACCGAGCCUCUCAUCAACUCCAUGGCGGCGCUGGUGGCCGGCCUGCAGAGCAAGGAGCCGUUCUACGUGCGCUGCGUCAAGCCCAACCCCGUGCAGUCGCCCAACGCCUGGGACGACCAGCUGGUACGUAGUAACAGGUCUACCGAGCCUCUCAUCAACUCCAUGGCGGCGCUGGUGGCCGGCCUGCAGAGCAAGGAGCCGUUCUACGUGCGCUGCGUCAAGCCCAACCCCGUGCAGUCGCCCAACGCCUGGGACGACCAGCUGGUACGUAGUAACAGGUCUACCGAGCCUCUCAUCAACUCCAUGGCGGCGCUGGUGGCCGGCCUGCAGAGCAAGGAGCCGUUCUACGUGCGCUGCGUCAAGCCCAACCCCGUGCAGUCGCCCAACGCCUGGGACGACCAGCUGGUACGUAGUAACAGGUCUACCGAGCCUCUCAUCAACUCCAUGGCGGCGCUGGUGGCCGGCCUGCAGAGCAAGGAGCCGUUCUACGUGCGCUGCGUCAAGCCCAACCCCGUGCAGUCGCCCAACGCCUGGGACGACCAGCUGGUGCGCCACCAGGUGGCGUACCUGGGGCUGGUGGAGAACGUGCGCGUGCGCCGCGCCGGCUUCGCGUCGCGCCAGCGCUACGACCGCUUCCUCAAGCGCUACAAGAUGCUGUCGCAGUACACGUGGCCCAACUUCCGUGGCUCCACAGACAAGGACGCCGUCAUGGUGCUGCUCAAGGAUCUGCAGGUCAGCGAUGUGCAGUACGGACAUACGAAGCUCUUCAUAAGGAGCGCGAGAACCCUCCACGGGCUGGAGGCCGCGCGCGCCGCGCUCAUCCCCUCCAUCGUGGUGCUGCUGCAGAAGCUGUGGCGCGGCACCCUGGCGCGCAUGCGCUACAAGAAGAUGAAGGCGGCGCUCACCAUAUACAACGCCUGGAAACGCUACUGCUACCGGCGCUACAUCGCGGCCGUGCAGCGCGAGCUGCAGCGCCACCGCCGCGUCGUCAGCGCCUGGCCGCCGGCGCCGCGGCGGGUCAACACCACCCUCAUACAGGCCGCCUAUCGCCGCUGGAGGGCCUACCUGACCCUCAAGCCGAUCCCGCGGGCACAGUGGCCGCAGCUCAAGAUGAAGAUCUGCGCCGCCAGCGCUCUGCGGAGCCGGCGGAGAGACUGGGGCGCUGGGCGGCAGUGGCUAGGGGAUUACCUGGCUGAUGACAAGUACAACCCUAAAGCUGCCGUGUACCGGUCAGCCCUGGCGGCCCUGCAGAAGGCGCAGCAGGCCGGCGCGGCGCUGUUCUCGUGCCGCGUGCACAAGUUCAACCGCCACAACAAGCUGGCCGACCGGUGCCUGCUCGUCACGGACCAUAGCAUUUACAAACUCGAUGCCAACACCUUCAAAGUGUUGAAGAAACCUACGCCUAUCACUGAGGUGGGAGCAGUCCGCGUGAUGAGCUCGGACGCGCAGCUGGUGGUGAUCAGCGUGCCCCACGCGAAGAACGACCUCGUCAUCGGCCUGGCCUCCGACUUCGAGCUUGUUGGCGAGCUAGUUGGAGUGCUCGCCAACCGGUAUCACAUGCUCACCGGGUCUGAAUUACCCGUGGAGGUGGAGAGCGGCGCGACGACCCGCUGCACGCUGGGCGGCAAGUCGCGCGCGCUGCAGCUGCCCGCCUCCCCCGCCGCGCCCGCGCCGCCCUUCACGCACGCGCACAACGUCAUCACCUACCAUCCCGCGUCCGCCAGGGCGUAGACACAGGUCCGCGCUGCCCGUGCAGGUGGAGAGCGGCGCGACGACCCGCUGCACGCUGGGCGGCAAGUCGCGCUGCGUCCGCCAGGGCGUACAUUUCGCUCAGACAGUCAAUAGGCGCUCCUUCUGCUCUACCGACCCUUUGUAAGCGGAAUAUAUGUACAAACGCAAAAGUUACAAAACGACGAAAAAGCUUUUAGACGGUCCCGGAUCUCGUGGAAACAGUCUUACUGAAAAAUACGUCUGGUCGAAACCAUUUCCUACCUGCGGGCCAAAUAAUAAAAAUCACCAUCAAUAAAGAGUAAUGAAAUCUAAAAUCGAACCCAAUUUUCUGUGAGAUGACAUUUAAUUUAAGAAUAAUUUAAGAAGGCUGAAGAAAUAUCACCCAAUGAAUCUUGCACCACUCUUGGGGAUAAUGACGAAAAUAAAAUAUCCAUAUUCCUAUACAGAACAAAAAUAUUUUAACACAAAUAUGUCUGAAACAAAUAAUUUUCUUUUUUCAAACUGCUGUUAGUAUUCUAUUUCAAUUCUAGAUAUCAUUCGAUCUAUUUUAUUUCCGUGAUGCCCUUAUGUGCAUAACAAAAUGAACGAUGACUGUAUUUUAAGCCAUAGUGAUACGAAUUGUAAAGUAAUUUAUAAGUACCAAUAAUUUAUUCGAGUGAUAAAAAUAAUAUUUACAGUACAUAUGGGGCUACUUUAUAGCACUAGUGCGAGAAGUAGCAUAUUACGUUACUGUGUCGAACAUUUAAAGGGCCAUAUGUACUGUAAAACGUUGUACGAUACAUGUGCGAAUAGGUAAUUCGCAACUCGUGUCGAUUUAAAACACUCCCUUCGGUCGUGUUUUAAUUUAUCGCCACUCGUUUCGAAUUUCCUAUUUUUCGCACUUGUAUCGUAAUGUACUAUAGUCUGCUACCUUCCUUUUUAGUCGGUUUAUUAAUUUAAGCCGUCCUGGGGCUAUUUCAUGUGUUAAGUAAUAACUCGUAACAUGACAACCGAGAAAUUAAUUUUAUACAUUAUGUUAUAAUUAUAAAAUUACAAAAUGUAUUUCAAAACACGGCCCCUUGAAGCUAGCACAACUAAUACUUCUGAAAGGUAAGGCCGAGUCGCGCAAAUGGUUAUGCUAGCUACUUAUAAAUGUUUUUAUUAUGAAUUUAAUUAUGAUUUUACCAUUAAAAGCUUUUAUGAGGACAAUGAUUUCCGAUGAGUUAAUCGAGGGCAAUUAUAUUUUUGGAUGUUUUUUAUUGAUUUAAUUGUAAUUAAUUAUUUUCUUUAUAAUUAAGUCAUUGCUUAGUUAUAUUUAAUAUUAUGUAAAUAGCUUAUUUACUGUUUUGAACGCAAUAGCGUCUACUUAAAGGAAACGCACAAAAUACCACGAAUAUUUAUUUUUCCCUUUGGCCGCCACAGAAAGGAGUAUAAAAUGAACCUUAACACUUUGUUAUAAAGUUUACUACUGCGUGUUAUAAAAAAUAGAAGUGGCGGUUGAAAGGUUUACAACGAUAUCCUAGUCUUAUAUUACUUAAUGAUUGUUUCGAUCCAGAAUUUUCAGAUUGUGAAAUUUAAGAGGAAAGAAAAAGGAUCGCCUGUAAAUUUCCAUACAGAGUGAAUCGUUUAAACUGAUUUUGAGUGUAAGCCUUUGCAGCUUGUCAAAUGUUAACAAACACUAAAGGAGUUUUAUUGUUAAAAUUGGUAGUAUAUUCCAGAUACUGAAAUAACAGUUCGAUUGGCCAACUCUCCACCAAAUACAUACAUCGGAGCGGCCAGAGUGUUCACUAAUAUCUAAACGAAACCUUUAUCAUAAUGCUCAGAUAAUUUUGAGCAUCUAGGCAGCUCCGGUAUACCUGAUGGCGACUGUACAUGUGUAUAUACAGUAGGUUUGAACGUAUUUCAACAUCUGGGAUAUAAAACAAGGUUCAACACAUGGCGGUGUGGGGUCGCCGCGACAUAUAUGUAUAUACGAGAACAAUUCGGAUGUGCCUUCAUGUGGUGCCAUGAGUUAAUGUAUUCAAUACAAUCUUUUACCUGA